GGCUGUUGCGCACAUUCCUCGGCGAUCUCAGGAUCUGUAUGACCGCUUGCUUUACGUAUAAGAGAAUAAUGACUGCGGGAAAAUUAUUAAGUUCAGGAAAUGUUUUGCUUGUGACUGUGUUAGUAGUGGUCUUCAAGUUUGGGGACGCGCAAAUUACCGGAUGGACUGAACCAAGCACAAUAGGCACUACAAAUGGGGUUGCGACUGACGUAACUAAAGCUGAAAAUGUAGCGGUUGGUGACGAAAUAGCGAAAUUUACGGCAACUCCAACUAGCAGUGAUACCAUCUCCAGUUACGAAUUAUUGACCGCGGACACACCUUUCGCUAUAUCCUCGCCUGGUGGCAGUUUGACGUUAUCUUCAGCGCUAGAUUUUGAAAGUACAUCUAGUUAUGUUAUUCAAGUAAAAGCGACUGACAGUGCGUCAGAAGUCGGUACUGCCACUGUGACCAUAACAAUAACAGAUGUUAACGAAGCCGCGCCAGCAUUUGGUAAAACUUCCUACACUGUUUGCGUAGCAGAUGGUUCGGCUGCCGGUACGUCGGUCACAACAUUUUCUGCUACUGAUCAAGACACAGCGAAUACCAUCACCUACUCAAUUAACUCUGGAGACACAAGCAGCAACUUCAAGGUCUCGACAGCCAAACUUGAGGUCAAUACUGGGAAAACCCUUGCUAUGUCUACAACAGCGAAGUAUACUCUUGUGGUACAUGCCACGGAUAACGGCAGUCCGGCAAAAACCGGAACUUCUACUUACACUGUCAACGUCCAGUCGUCAUGCAACGGGGCGGCAGCUUUGACCGUGACAUUGAUGACACUUUUACUGGCACUCAUAGUCUCUUUAAACUAAUUCUCUAAAGCUUACGUUUAAAAUCUCUUUAAUCUUGCAUGAUUCAUAUCACAGUUGCCUUAUAGUAUAUAAAUAUAUUGAAAGACAUAUGGUUAUUAAAAUAGACAACUAUUUUUACAUAACUUUACACAGUUUUAAAGGUCCAUUAUGCCUCAGAAAUUCUUUUAUUUCUCCAAAGCUUUCUUAUUUUUUGUGUACUUUUAUAGUAUCAAAAAAUUAACUCAUUAGCCAAUAACAUGAACCCCUUUUUUCAGCUGUUGGUUACUGGCAAUAAGUACAAUUAUAGUGAAUGAGUAUUUUGUAUGAAAGUCGAAAUACUACUUGGUUUACAUUUUGCUACUUUUAUGACAAAUUAUUUCACAUUUAUCGCAACUUUCUUCAGGUAAAAAAACUAACAUUCUCUAAAACCAUUGUUUAAACAUUAUGCAAUUCAUGUUUGCCCUUUCUAAUAAGGAAACAAAAUGUUUCUGAGGCAUAAUUUGCCAUGUUAACUUGUUAUUAAAUGGAUUAUCAAACACAAAGCAACUGCAGAUUUAUAUGGACAUUGAUAACUAUUUUAUUGACUAUCACUUAUUAUCAGAAAGAUUGGAACUGCAACAACAAUUCAGUUUAACAUAUCAUUUUAAGUGUAAUAAAAGACAAUUUCGUAAAUUAAUGCUCAAUAAAACAAAAGCUAUCAAAAGCAUAUUCGAAUUUUUGGACACGUUUCUUUAUCUUGACACAUAGCUUAUUCGGAUUACUAGAAGUCUAAAUUAUAACCUUUUAAGUGACAUUAUGUCCAUCUAAGGGUAUAUUUAUGAGUGAACGAGUAAAUGUCAAAUUUCCAUUUUGACAUAAUUUCUUUUAAUAUGAAAAUUCAUUUCACAAUAACAGUAAACAACGCAUGGAUUCAUACAAAAAUUUCGUAAAAAUCCACUAGAAUUUACCUUUAACGUUCAUUUUAUAUUUUAGGCAGAUUUAAAUUUUAUCCUAAACAUUUUCCAAUAUGAACUGUUGGUCAAUCACCAUUUUAACAGUCAAUUGUUUGAAAUAUAUAGUCAGUUCAGCUCAACUUCACUAUGAAAAUAUGAGCAUAAUGUCACUUUAAGGUUUCAAUGUCAGCCUGUUUUCCAUUUGUAAAACUCUUUCUUUUUAUAUAUAUACGUAUUUUUAUAAUUUUAUAAGAAAUAUAGUAUGUAAGGUGAGAUGAUUUUUCAUUUAAGGAUGCACACAAGAAACAUUACCUAAACUGUUGUUUAAUUUGCUUUUGAAUGUAUUUGCUGAUGCGGAAGUUUAUUAUAUGUAAAAGAGAACACUUUAAAGCAACUCCACUGAGGUCCAAAAUCCACAAAAAAAACCCAUAAAAUUUGAUUUUCUUACAUAAAACAGCUGGGACUCUUAAAACACUCUUAAGACAGUUAUAUAUGCAACAGAAAGUUAAGAAUAUACUAAGAAAUAAAUUGCAACUACUCUUUGCCACUCUUUUUCCGGUUUAAGUCAAAGGGGUUUUAACUCUUUUCAAUUCAAGGUCAUUUUUUCCACAAUUAGAGACAAACGGAGUGAGCAAAUGAUCUGGAAUUUUUCACACAAGUUAUUGUUCUAGACCUAAAUGAAAUGAAACAUUAAUUUCUAAAAGUUAUUUCCAGUCCGGCCAUUUGUAAAACCCUCAGUGGAGUCCCUAUAAGUAGACAAAUUUCUGCAAAGUUAUAGGUAAUUUGUGUGAUGUGAAAAAAAUAAAAUGGAGGCAUGCUGCCUUUCAGAUUGCCUUGAUAGCAUCCGAAGAGUCUACUCCCUUUCAUACUUUGUGUGAUGUGUAUUUUUUAUUUGUGUUAUUGUUUGAACAGUGAAAUGAAAUCAGUUAUGAGAUACAAACAGUAUCGAUGUUUGAUUCAUUUCACUUUUGUUGUUUCAAAAAAAUUGUAUUGUUGUCCUAGAACAAAAGCAAAAUGUACUCAUAAAUAUACACUGAAAGAUUUCUGGAUUAUUUGUUUAAUUAUCAGUAUACCGAAUUUAAUGAUAUAAUCAACACUUUUGUUUCAUAAUUGUUUUCAUUGGGUCAAUAAAAUGACGUCACAAUAAUGGUUGGUCAGCUUAAUGGAUUUAACUCAAUACAGGAUUGGAGCAGUACCUCUAGACGCUUGCAAAAAUCAUAAUCAGAAAAUAGACAAAUAUCUUUUUUUUUUUCGCCGAUUUUUACAUUUUUUAUUCAUUAUCGUACAGAAAUCUGUCUAAAAAGAUGAAUUAGACCUUUUAAAGUUCAUUCCGUUGGGUAAAAAGGCAAAAUUUUAGCAUUUUAUUCAAGCGCCGUGUCCGGUAUAUACCGGAAUACGGUAUUUAGUGUGGUGCUCCAAUCCUUUCUUUAGUCACACUCCAGCUUAAUAGGUAUGUCAUUGCGACGUCAUUAUUGCAUUUUAUUGGAUCUACUGAAUUAUUAAUUCAAUAUCAUUUUAUUAUUACAUAUAUUGUACCUAUUGAAUGUGACGUCAUUAUUACAUAUUUUGGAUCAAUUCAAUUGGUAUGUCAAUGUGACGUCAUUAUGACAUGUAUUGGGUUCAUUGAAUCAGUACGUAAAUGUGACGUCAUAAUAAGUAAAAUUGGUUUAAGGCAAUUAGUUUGACAAUGUGCAUUUUCUAACUUUGCAUUAUCUAUGUAUUCUAGUGAGAAAUAAAAGGAAACAAUACAG